GUUUAGUCAUAGGCCUUUCUUGAGGCGUCUCCAAAACAAGAGGUUUGGGCAGACUACAGUCUGGAAUAGGUCCUGCCGAAGUUAGAAAGUCAGGGGACAACAAUGAUUGCGACCAAACCAAGAAACUGAUCCACGAAGCACAAAUAGCAUCUGAACUAUAAGGAGCCAUGGAUGGCAGAAAGGAGGCCGAGACCUUGACCUCAAAUGACUCCAAACCCUCAAACUCCACAGGCAGCUCUCUCCAGCAGAGCACCACAGGUUGUGGCGUGGUGCUGGUCCUCUCGGCCCUGGUGGCCUCGGUCAGCGGUCUGCUGCUGGGCUACGAGAUGGGCCUGAUCUCGGGGGCCCUGCUGCAGCUGCGCGAGGCCCUGUCGCUGUCCUGCCAGAGCCAGGAGGUGGUGGUCAGCUCGCUGCUGCUGGGCGCGCUGGUGUUCUCGCUGGCCGGCGGCGCCGUGCUCGACCGCUGGGGACGCCGCUUCGCCAUCAUGCUCACCGCCGCCAUGGCCGUGGGCGGCACGCUGCUGACCGUGUGCGUGAGCUCGCUGGCCGCCCUGGUGGCCGGACGGGUGGUGGUGGGCAUGGCCGUGGCACUGUCGGGGACGGCGUCCUGCCUCUACAUCGCAGAGGUGGCUCCGCAGGCAUGGCGCGGGCGUCUGGUGUGCCUGUACGAGCUGAUGGUGGUGCUGGGCGUGCUGCUGGGCUUCGGCCUGAGCUACGCCUUCGCGGCCGUGCCCGACGGCUGGCGCUACACCUUCGCCGCCGUCAUCCCCCCGGCGCUGGCCCAGGCCGCCGCCAUGUACUUCCUGCCGCGCAGUCCCCGCUUCCUGCUGGCCAGGGGCAAGGAGGACGAAGCCCGCACCGUCUUGGAGCGCCUGAGGGGGGCGUCGACGUUGUCGCCAAUGGCAACAGAAACAUCGGUGAUGGCGGCAUCGGCGCCGUCGGCCGGGUUGUUGCCGGGCGGCGCGGGCUCGCCGUCGCCGCCGCUGACCGUCGUGGAGGAGGAGCUGCGGAGCAUCCGGGCGGCCCUGUGCCGGGAGAUGCAGCACAGCUUCCUGGACCUCUUCCGCUCGCACGACAACAUGCGCCAGCGGCUGCUGGUGGGCGCCGGCCUGGUCUUCCUGCAGCAGGCCACCGGGCAGCCCAACCUGCUGUCCUACGCCUCCACCGUGCUGCACCACGUGGGCUUCCAGAGCGGCCAGGCCGCCACGCUGGCCUCCACCGGCCUGGGGGUGGUGAAGGUGGCCGGCACGCUGCCCGCCGUGCUGCUGGUGGACCGCGUCGGGCCCAAGGCCUUCCUGUGCGUGGGCGCCGUGGUCAUGACGCUCUCGCUGGCCGCGCUCGGCGCCGCCACCAUGCAGAGCCACACGCAGGUGCACAGCCUGUGCCAGAGCACGCCGCCGAGCCCGCUGCCGCCCGGGCCCAACCAUUCCCACUGGGCGCGGGGGGAGGGAGAGGGGGAGGCCCUGGGACUGUACCAAAACGCCCUGAACCUCAGCGAACUCAGCAGGAGCUACAGCCCCGCUUGGAGGACCAACAGCAGCGGCGGACAGGCUGGAAACUGGAGCCUCGCCGAGGAUUCUGGGAGACGGAGUCCUGGAGACGUGGGCGUGUCCUCGUCUCUGAAGUGGAUCUCAUUGGUCAGCCUACUGGUGUACGUGGCAGGCUUCUCCUUCAGCCUUGGACCAAUGGUAUACGUGGUACUCAGUGAGAUUUUUCCGACGGGGAUCCGAGGGAAGGCUGUUUCCGUGGUGUCCGCCUUUAACUGGGCAACAAACCUCAUUAUAUCCAUGACCUUCCUCACCAUCACAGAGAAGAUUGGCCUGCCCAAUGUGAUAUUCUGCUAUGCAGUGAUGAGCUUCAUCCUCCUCGUCUUCGUCAUCCUCUUCAUCCCAGAGACCAAGGGCAGGUCGCUUGAGCAGAUCUCCAAGGAGCUCGCCAUGAAAAACAACCUCCGGGACAGGCUGUGCCCAUGGCGGAGUUCAAAGACAGACACCUCACGGCCUCAGGAAGUGAAAACGCUGACCUCAGUAUGACCUUUCACCUCAAAAACAGCAGAGACUUUUAAUUUGUAGUGGACACUUUUUUUUUUGGGGGGGGGGGGGGGGGUGCUCUCAGUAGACAGAGCACAGGUGUGGUGCGAUGUCAUUAAAAACAGAGGUGGAGAAGUCCGGCUUCACAAAGUAAAAGUCCUACCACGUAUUGAUUCUGCCGGUGCCCUUAAUACGGGUGAUCUCACUAAAUAGCUGAUCUACCUGGCUGAAGAGUUCCAGAGAGCCAGGCUUUUCCACUUCUGCAUUAAACAAGGUGUGGAGGAGGGACCUGGAUGGUUGAUGGACCCGGUCGAUUGAACCCGACGUGGUUCUGGCUUUGACUGGGACAAGUUCCCGGGAAUCUGUGUUCUGUGUCCAAGCCAUAUUAGUUCCUUGGUCAGCAGGCAGUUUUUUUUUUGUUUGUUUUUGUUUGGGGGGGGGGGGG